AUGAGUGUAAACCGGCCAAACUGGCUCAAACAUGGAUCUAACCUCAGACUGGUGUUCUUGGUUCUGUGGUUUGGUUGUCACGUUUGUUAUAGUCAACUUGAGGACACAAAUGACUUCAACAAUCCAUCUGUUCUUCCCCUCUUCACACAGAUGGUUUACAGCAAGCUCUCCAACAGCACUGCUGCGCUUAGUCACGAGCUCGCUACUAGAGCCAAGUUUUGCGUCAAAGACCCGGAUGCUGAUUGGAACAGAGCCUUUAAUUUCUCCACCAACUUGGAUUUCCUGUCUUCUUGCAUUAAGAAAACCCAAGGUGAUAUUGGUAGGCGUAUCUGCACAGUCGCAGAGAUGAAGUUCUAUUUAAAUGCUUUCUUUUUUAAAUCAAAUAACCCUGGUUACUUGCAACAAAAUCGGAACUGCAACUUGACUGCAUGGGUCUCUGGUUGUGAACCUGGAUGGGCCUGCAGUGUUGAUUCAACAGAACAAGUUGAUCUACAAAACUCUAAAGAUUUUCCAGAAAGAACAAGAAACUGUAUGUCUUGCUGCGAAGGGUUCUUUUGCCCCCGUGGCCUCACUUGUAUGAUACCUUGUCCUCUUGGUGCCCAUUGCCCUUUAGCUACACUUAAUGAGAGAACAAGCUUAUGUGAACCGUAUACUUAUCAGUUACCCCCAGGACGACUAAACCACACUUGUGGAGGUGCAAACGUAUGGGCUGAUAUCAGAAGCAGUGCCGAAGUGUUCUGUUCUGCAGGAUCAUAUUGUCCAUCAAACACUCUAAAAGUGUCUUGUGCUAGUGGACACUACUGUCGUAUGGGGUCUACAUCUGAGAAACCAUGUUUCAAGUUAUCUUCUUGCAAUCCAAACACAGCUAAUCAGAACAUGCAUGCAUUUGGUGUUAUGGUUAUUUUCGGUGUGAUUACUAUUCUACUCAUUAUAUACAACUGUUCUGAUCAAAUCCUAACAACAAGGGAGAGGAGGCAGGCAAAAUCGAGAGAAGCAGCUGUGAAGAAAGCUAAAGCUCAUCAGAGGUGGAAAGUUGCUAAAAAGCAUGUGACUGAGAUCCGUGCUCAGAUAACUAGAACGCUCUCUGGUAAAACACACCAUCAUGAUGUGGAAGCUCACAAGACUAUGGAUCGUGGGUACUCUUCAGAUGUAGGCUUGUCCAAGUAUUCAAGUCCUGAGAGUUUCUCUGCUGUACAACCUAUCUGUGAGGUUGAGGAUGAUGCAGCCACCAGAAGUAAUGAAAGAGCAAGUGAAACAGAAAGAAAGAGAAUCAAGAAGUCAUCUAGCCAAAUCUUGAAGGAUGCAUAUAGUCAAAUCGAGAAGGAGAGAGCCAUAGAACUAGAGUGUAAAGACCUUACCUUCUCAGGAUUAGUUAACAUGGCUACUUUCUCUGAGGUGAGGAAGAAGAGGACUCUCAUGGAGCUUUCUUUCAAAGAUUUAACCCUUACAUUGAAAUCUAAUGGUAAGCAUUUGUUGCGAUGUGUGACGGGAAGCAUGAAACCAAGUCGUAUCACAGCUGUGAUGGGUCCAUCAGGAGCAGGAAAGACAAGUCUUCUUUCUGCUUUGGCUGGCAAGGCUGUUGGAUGCAGUUUGAGUGGUUUGAUUCUUAUAAAUGGGAAGCAAGAAUCAAUCCAUUCUUAUAAGAAGAUCAUUGGUUUUGUGCCACAAGAUGACAUUGUCCACGGAAACUUGACAGUUGAGGAAAACAUAUGGUUCCAUGCUAAAUGCAGGUUACCUGCAGGACAAUCAAAAGGCGAUAAAGUUCUUGUGGUUGAGAGAGUCAUAGACUCUUUGGGGUUACAAACUGUGAGGAGUUGUUUAGUUGGUACUGUAGAGAAAAGAGGAAUCUCAGGAGGGCAGAGGAAACGAGUGAAUGUUGGUUUAGAAAUGGUAAUGGAGCCUUCGAUUUUGUUCUUGGAUGAGCCUACUUCUGGCUUAGAUAGUGCCUCAUCACAGCUUCUUCUUAAAGCACUUAGACAUGAAGCUCUUGAGGGAGUCAAUGUUUGCAUGGUUGUUCACCAACCAAGUUAUACUUUGUUCAGAAUGUUUCAAGAUCUAGUACUUCUAGCCAAAGGUGGCCUUACUGUUUACCACGGACCAGUCAACGAGGUUGAGGAUUACUUCUCAGGUCUUGGAAUAAUAGUACCAGAACGUAUCAACCCUCCUGACUAUUACAUAGACGUUUUGGAAGGAAUUGUGACUGAUUUGAACUCUGAUGUUGGCUACAAAGAGCUUCCUCAAAGGUGGAUGCUUCACAAAGGGUACUCAGUUCCAGUAGAUAUGCAGAAGAACAACAGUUCCAAGCACCCUGUAAUGAAUCCAGACGCUGUACACAAUACCAACUGUAAUGCUGAACAAACAUUUGUCCGAGAGCUGUGGGGAGAUGUGAAUAGUAAUUUUAUGUUUCAUAGUGAUACAAUACGGCAUAACUUUUUAAGGUCCAGAGACUUAUCCUGCAGAAGAACCCCUUCUAUGUGGCUGCAAUACAAAUAUUUCCUUGGAAGGAUAGCUAAGCAGCGAAUGAGAGAAGCUAAGUUACAAGCCACAGACUAUUUGAUCUUAUUGCUAGCUGGGGCUUGUUUAGGAUCACUAAUUAAAGCAAGUGAUGACAGCUUUGGAGCACCUGGUUAUACCUACACUAUUAUCGCCGUUUGUAAGUUGGAAACUUACCUUCUUAUUCAAGUUUCUUUGAGAGAAAUUUUCUUAUUAUUCUUUUUUUCUUUCUGGUUAGCUCUUUUGUGUAAAAUAGCAGCUUUAAGAUCAUUCUCACUAGACAAGUUACAUUACUGGAGAGAAAGUGCAUCAGGGAUGAGUAGCUUGGCUUGUUUUCUUGCCAAAGACACAAUAGAUUGUUUCAAUACACUUGUCAAGCCAUUGGUUUAUCUCUCCAUGUUCUACUUCUUCACUAACCCGAGAUCAACGUUUUUCGAUAACUAUAUCGUCUUGGUCUGCCUUGUAUAUUGUGUGACCGGUAUUGCAUAUGCGUUGGCUAUCUUCCUCCAACCUGGUUCUGCUCAGCUAUUUUCUGUUCUUCUUCCAGUAGUUUUAACACUUGUUGCAACUCAACCCAAGAAUAGUGAAGUUAUGAAGAUUAUAGCUGACCUAUGUUAUCCAAAGUGGGCUUUGGAGGCAUUUGUAAUUGGAAAUGCUGAAAAGUACUAUGGAGUAUGGAUGAUCACUCGAUGUGGAUCGCUUAUGAAGAGUGGCUACGACAUCAAUAAAUGGAAUCUAUGUAUAAUGAUAUUGUUUCUCAUUGGCGUGGUCACUCGUAAUAUCGCCUUUGUAGGGAUGCUUAUACUUCAAAAGAGGUGA